AUGUCAACUUUGGGUUUUAUUGUAGCAUAUCGUAAACUUGAAAAGUCAAUAUAUUCGUCAUUACCUGUUGAUAAAGCACCUGGUGUUUCAAUAAUAAGGCCGCUUAAAGGCAUAGAUUGCAAUUUAUAUGAUAACUUAUUAUCAACGUUUCUACAAGAUUAUUCGAAUUUCGAAAUACUCUUUUCAGUAGCUACUGAAAAUGAUCCUUCCAUAGAAGUUGUACGAAAAUUAAUGAAUAAUUUUCCACAAGUAAAUGCAAAAUUAAUUAUAGGAGAUGUCGGAGUAAAUCCAAAAAUUAAUAAUAUGAUCCGUUCAUAUGAAUCUGUUCAGCAUGAUAUAAUUUGGAUCUUAGAUUCGAAUGUUUAUGUUGACCCUGGUUGUCUUGGAAGAUCUGUGGAGCAAUUGUGUCAACCAAAUGUUGGCCUUGUUCAUCAUUUGCCAUUUGCUGUACGGCCUGACACUUUUGGUUCUGAAUUAGAAAUGAUGUUUAUGGAUACUGUUCAUGCAAAAAUGUAUUUAGCUAUUAAUGCACUUGGUCCUGACAGUUGCAUUGUUGGUAAGUCAAAUCUAUAUCGUAAAAAGGAUAUAGAGAAUGUUGGCGGUUUAGCUCAUUUUGGUAGAUAUAUGGCUGAGGAUAAUCUGCUUGCUAGAGAAAUUUGGCGUAAAGGUUACAAACACGUGAUGACCAGUGAUUUGGCCUAUCAACCACUUGGUUCUAUGUCUUCUACUGAUUAUUUCCUUCGCAGAUCACGUUGGAUACGUAUCAGAAAAUACACCGUUACCAGUGCCACCAUUGUAGAACCAUUCACAGAAUCAAUUGUAUGUGGUUUAUGCUCAUCCUACGGAUUUAACCUUUUAUGGAAUAUUCAUCCGGUUAAUUUUCUUGUGUUCCAUUUGUUGAUGUGGUUUAUGAUUGAUUUGAAAUUGUUUCAGUCUCUUAGAAGAAGGAAGCUUGAGAGUCUACGUGGUUUCAUAUUGGCAUGGACGAUACGUGAAGUGACAGCUUUACCACUCUACUUCUAUUCUGUGAUUGGCAAUACGGUGGGUUGGCGUGAUGGUACUUAUAUUUUAAUGAGGGAUUCGACAGUCAUGAAAUCGGUGGCAUCAACAACAAAUCAUCAUAUUCUUCAAAAUGCUUCCCCUAACCUUUCACUUUCAUCUUUUGCUCGUAACUUUACAAAUUAUAAUUAG